AUGGAGCAGAUGGAUAACCCAGCUGCCCGUGUCGCCAUCAAGUCGAGAAAGCGUCCGCUCUCUCGUGCCUCCACCACGUCCAUUCACAGCGCCAACACCCAGCACAACCUCGACCAGUCUGGCUUUGCCGACGCCUCCGACAUGUACUCCGGGCAAUGGCUCCCUAAUGACCAUGGCCAUCCCAAGGACAUGGCCACGGCUCCCCAAAUGUCCCCCGAGGACAUGAUCCUGCAGGCCGCAACCCAUAUGCAGGCCACCGGUCAGGACUUUCCCAUGGACGCAUCCAUGGGUGCCGCCAUGGGCCACGCCAUGCAAUUCCAGCAGAAGCAUCCCAUGUCCCGGCAUCCUCUCCCUGCCGAGCAGUACCCCAACAACGCGAGUUUCACCGAAGGGGAGAGUCAGAUGAUGGAGCGUGACGAGAACGAGGAGGUCGACUCCAUGGUUGGCAUCGUCGGCCCCCCCAAACCCACUUCAUCACGGUCCAGCGCCAACAAUGAGCUGGAGAUGCGGCAACUAUUUGGCGCCAACAGGCAUCGCAACUUGCAGGAUGUCGCGGGCGAGCUACAUGGCAAUGAACGGGGGCCUAACUCUGAGCGAACCCGCCAAGUGUUUGCUAUGCUUUGGAUCAACUCCGUCUGCACAAAGGGCAAGGGUUCCGUCCCUCGCGGUCGCGUCUACGCCAACUAUGCUUCACGGUGUGCAACUGAGAGGAUCACCGUCCUCAACCCUGCCAGCUUUGGCAAGUUGGUCCGUGUCCUGUUCCCGGGUUUGAAGACUCGACGUCUCGGUGUUCGAGGCGAGUCCAAGUAUCACUACGUGAACUUUACUUUGGUCGACGAUCAACCCGAUAUCCGAGAACCCUCAUCCCAGCCCCCCCGACCGCUGCCGGAGACCAGCAGCUUCUCUCAGAGCUUCAAUACUGUACCAGCACAAUCAAGUGGAAACUUGGCCCGUGAUGCCCUACCUUCACCUCACAUCGGCACCGAUGCCAAAAGCGCUCCCACCUCCAACCGACUAGGAAGUCGGUCACACAGCUUAUACAAUCAGCCUGACUUGGCUAGCAUCGACCACCUACACACUACCUCCACCAAGACGAUACUCGAGCUCCACUUCUCCUCAGAAAACGAGGAUUCAUUUGAACAGUCGGAUCCCCUCGCUCUCCCUGCCAUCGAAUCUUACCUACCGCAAGGAACCGACCCUGAUGCCGCCAAAUCAUUAUCAGCUCUAUACCGAUCACAUUGCACAUCACUGGUUGAGUGCAUCCGAUAUUGUAGGGAGAAGACCUUCUUUCAUCUGUACACAUCAUUUCAGGGAACUUUGACUAUGCCUGUGCAAAAGCUGUUUGGGAACCCUGCACUGGCGCCAUGGAUCGAGGAAUGCGACUUUGUUCUGUACCAGCGCAUGAUGAGGAUUGUGUCGGGAUUGACACUACAAGUCGUCCCCAAACCCGUGUUGGAUACCCUGAGGAACAUUUCGGAGAGGCUAGUACCACACAUUCGAGACUCGUUCCAGGGACAGCCUCAGCAUGUUAUUCGAGCCAAGGAGUCACCAGCCACCAUCUUCGCCGGCCUCUUGGAUCGAGCGUUAAGAGUCAACUUGACGGCCCACGCCGCUGCCAACAUGUUGUCAAACCCAGCAAACCGUGACCAAAUGUAUGUGGAUUGGAUCACCAUGAUUAGAGCGCGAAAGAUUGCGGAGUGUGUCCCAACUCGGGGUAUGGACGACGUGGUGAAUCUGCUGCUCACGGAGAUGCGCGACCUCCUCAACCCAGUCAAAGUACCAUGGGAAGUGGAAUGUCUCACUAUUUACGGCGAUGUUGCAUCACGCAGCGGACGACAGCUGGACGGAGAGAACGGCGUCGAGGCAUCUGGACAGAACGUGUUAGACCGAUGGGUCAGCUUCUUCCGAGGCCUACCUGCCAAGUUCCCCUACGCGUCACAUGCGGACAUUGUGUGGUGCGUGGAGAGGGUCGGAACGGCGGUGAUGAGAGACCUCACGCUGGCCCAGGGUAAGAGCUUCGGGUCAUGGUGGGUGACGAAGACGUGGGUGGACGAGAUGGUGUGCUUCCUGGCGGAGCAAGGAGGUUUCAUGAAGCAGAAGCUGAGCCAGACCACGAGCGGGACUGCGAGCACACAACCGCAAACUACAGUCAAGGAAACAAGUCGGCAAACAUCGCGAUACAGCAGCGGCAGCGACGACCUCAACCUCAGCAACAUGCCGCAAGGACAGGCCGGACGAGCUCCGUUUCCCCCCGCCAACCGAACAACGAAUCAGAACUCAAUGGGGAUGAGCGGAGGAGACGUGCACGACGACAGCGGGAUUGGCAUCCGCACGCCCGAAGAAGACUUCACGAUGGACAAGUUUGGGUUCACGGGAAGUGAAAACCAGGACCAGGGUCUGCUCACUGGCGCAGAUCUCUCAGGCGGAGCAGGCUUGUGA